UGCCACAACACUUUACCUCAGAACGGAUAACUGGAUUGUUUCAUUUAUUUCAUCCGGAAGGAAUCUCUUUUUGUUUAGUGUUGUUAUUUAGCUGUAACACGAUGAUCCUCCAGUGGGACACUUCUCAGUGGAGUGCUGAGAGAGUGGCGCUCUGGCAUUGUUGUUCAGCUGUCUGCAGCUCUCCAACAGACAAUGCUUCACUCAAGGGGAGCAGGAAAGAAGUUGACAGACCGCUGUGUUUAAAGGACACUUGGAACUCAUCGGCUUAUGAAUCUUGCUUGUAGCCAUACAAGGGGGGUGGGAGUUGGGGGAUGGGUGUCCUAAUCUGCAGUGCAAGCCAACACAGGUCUCAGGUGGUUGGACUCCUUGAUCAGUUCACCGUGAGAGGCACCUUAAUGGUCGGAGGAGGAGGAGGUGUAGGUGGGAGUAGAGAUAGGACAUAAAGCGGAGGUGUGUCCGUGUUAUAGUCCCUCUGAGUGACUCAAUAACCUGGUGUUUACACAUCAGUCAGGUUUUAUAAAUCCAUCCUCAGCUGAUUCAGGGUGUUGAGCGUGUACUGGUUAUUAGAUUGUGCUUGCAUCAACUUUCUCAACAUUAUGCUGUCAUUCAUUGCAACUUUUCGAUGUUGGUUCACACACAAGGAGUUGAACGCUGCGGUCAAAUAGACUGUGCACAGGAGACCACUCACACCAGCUAGUGUGUAUAGAGAUAGCAGGGGUUGCAACACUGCAGGGAGUGGCUGUUAAAGACAGGGCCCUAUAAUGUAUAUCAGCAGGUAAACAUCACUGUUGUGACUGGGGAGUUCAAAUCCAGUGGAUCGUGUGAAAAAGAGAGACUGGAGCAGCUUUUGUUGUGAAACGGAAGGAAAGAUUUAAAAAAAAAAUGCAGCUGAAAUUUUAGGGAUUUUCUUCAUCAUUUCUAAUUUAGUGAUGCUAUAUGAGCCAGUCAAACACAAUUAUUAUUUGUUGUUUUCAUUUCAAUAAACCCUUUAGUUCACCAAGUAUAAUACAUUUAUAGAUAUUUAACAACAAAUUCUAAUUUCAUCACUAAAGGCUGCUAAAUCCAACAUAGUUUACCUCAAUGGUGUCAAUGAUGUUUUUCUUUUCACCGAGCAAAAAAUAAAAAAAGUAAUAGAAAAGAACAGAAAAUCAAUACCAUUACUGUCUCAUUUAAAGGUCAGCCAAUUCUCUAGAAAAAAAAACCCCAUUCAGGAACUUUAAAUCAAAUUCAAAUCAAAGCAGAAACCUAACUGUUUUAGAUUAACAGUUAUAGAUAAACUGAUGAAAAUUAACUUGUUAAAAAAAUACUCUUAAGGUUGAAAUGUUUAUGGUCUGCACCGAAACCCAUCACGACCCAUAAAAUCAAAUGUUCAUUGUUUGAUGCAUGGUUUCUGCUGAUGUCUGGUUCACCACAAUUGAUUGCUCCCAUAAGGGGACCAAAACCCCGGCCAUAUUUUUUCUCCUGUGCAGGGUUCUCUAAGCACACUUUAGCCUGUUGUUCAUCUGAAAACAUGUGUGAGCAUGUACAGCAGACAGGCUUUCAUGUCAUAGAUGCAUAGACAUUGACUAAAAUCCUGGCUGAUGUUUUAAUCUACAGCUCUAUUUUUUUUUUAAAUUGAAGUUUUCAAUCAGACGGAUGGUAUGGUUCUCCAUCACACGGGUCAGACGGGUCACCAUGAGCCCACAGGGUCCGUAGUGCUUAUUAAGGGCAAUGAGAAAGUUAACAUUUUAAACCGGUCCCUAAGACAUUACCAUCUGAUCUACAAAGCAGUCGUCUCAUAUAGUUUGGGGUCUAGCAUGUCCUGCUGUGUUUUGUUCAUAAGAUACUAGAAAUGUGUAUAUAUUUUUAAAGAUAUAGUAGGAUUUUUAUCAACAAGACAGAUUUAGCCUCUUGUUGGGGGGGGGGGGUUCAGCAACGCAGAGACCCAGGAUCGAAACUGACUCACGCUCAGGGCCUUCACUCUACAUCUGGCAGAAAUUGAGGAUGUUUUAUCCAUUAACUUUGGGCAUCUGCGUAGCAUUAAUGAGCAUGUGGGUAGCUGGAGUCACCCUAAAUGAGCUAUCCAGUGGAAUCACAGUGCUAACCUUAAAAUGUGAUGUAUGGGUGAUAAAUGUGAUAGCAAGCGACGGAGUAGGUGAAUGGAAGUUUAAGUGAUAGCCUGAGGCUCUGGAGCCUUAGUGCCAAGCAGCACGUAAUCCAGCAGGUUAUCUGACUGCAGUGAAAACUUGUACCUCUGAGGAUCAUCAUUACUGUACCUUAAAAAACAAUAUAUUUCUUUUAAUCAUUUUGUCCUGACAUAUGUUUUCAUUUAGCUAUAUAAAGUUAAUGUCGAUAGGUAAGACUACUUUUACAGGACUUUAUGUCAGACUGUAGCCUAGAGAAUCAUUCCAGAUCUGAUUUACACACUGUAGUCUUUUUGUCAUAUUUUUAAUUGUGCUUUGGAGAGUCUUACUUGUGGAUGGUAAUUAUAAAAGAAAAGCAGAAUGAAGUGGCUCACAGAAGUCUGGGAGAGAGAAUUAAAACACAUCAGGGACAUAUUAGGCAUUUUACAUUCAAGACAUGCUAUUUGAAAAAAAUGGCAAAAUAUGUGAGAAGGCUUGGCUUUAGAACAAGACGAUCACUGUCAGUGAUUCAGUUGAUCUUUCUUUCUGUAUGGAGUUUGCAUGUUCUGCAAAUGUGUUCUUGAAAUGAAAAAUGUUAUUUAUUCAUGAAAAACAAGAUCAUAAUUAAUCAAGAUUAGUUGUCAUUUACUGUGAAUAAUAAAGUCAUGAUUAAUCACAGUUACAUUCAUACUUCAACAUUCAUACUUGAUGAUCUCAAAAUGUUUGUACAUUUUGUUACGAUUGAUUAAAAAUACAAAUAUUUGUAAUAGGCUCCUUUUGACACUCAUUGUAACUUAUAGUUAGAAAUGUCGAUAAACACCCUCAAUACAGAGAGAGAGAAAGUGAGAGUGAGAAAAGAGAGACAGAGAGAGAGAGGCUUUAAAGACGUAAUAGCCAUGACUUGGAAGCUUGAUGUUCUCCAUCAAAGAAAGGCCUUGCAGGAUGGAGAAGUGUUUCCGGUGAGCCCACCGAGGCUAAUCACUCACAAAGCUGUAACAUUAGUCUUCAAAGGACAUGGAAAAAAAAGAGUCCUUUCACACGUCCGUCAAGUUUGUGUAAGACUUUUACGUGGCUCAAUGAUUAACGAGAAGCUGACCACAUCGUGGCCAAAGAAGUCUCCUUCCGCCAAUAGAUGACACUGAAGAAUGGCUCAUGAUGCCCUCUGUGAGGGCCUCAUAUUUUCUCACGAGUUAUAUUUAUCUACUACAAAAAAGUACUACAAAUAACAUAAUAUAUAUAGAGAUAAAUGUAUAUAAAAUGUUUCGUUUCCUUCUCCUUCCAAUGCAACAGUGGUGUUGGCCGCCAAAAUGGGAAAGAAAUAUCAACAUACUUUAUUUCCUUAGUUAGCCAGUCUACUGUAGGACAACAUGUAGAGACAUUCACACCUGUGGUCAAUUUAGAUUGAACAAUAACAUAUCUUGCAUGAUGUUUUUAGGAUUUGGGAGUAAACCGGAGUACCUGCGGAAAUUCCUCACACAUGCUUAUUUUUAAAAAUUGGCCUUAAGGUUAGGGCACUCAAACCCCUCCGUCACCAUCUUUUCCUCAUCUGAUCCCAUUCACAUGACAUUUGAUUUCUUCAUCUUUCCACUGUCUCAAAGGCCAUGGAGACUAAUUCCUUUGAGUAGUAUUACUGGCCUCUACUGGAUUGAGAUCCACUGGUAAAAUUUUUAACCAAGAUCUGUUCUGUCCAUAUGCACAAGAAUGAGUAAAAAAAGGGAAAAUACAGAGUGAGGGCAGUGUCGCUGCACAACACCACGCUUUUACUUUGGCCAAUACAAAUGUUUAAUGAAAAAGUUUCCUGACCAUUUAACUGAGCGUAGCUGACGACACAAUUGAACCCGGACUAUGAGAGGGUUUUGGGUCUCCAGCUGAUUUUUACUCAUGCUGACACUGCUUGGAUUCUUGGCUUCCUUCACACUGCAGCACUCAAACCUUCCCCAUGUGUGGUGGUGCAGACGCAGCCACCAUUGGCUCUCAGCUCCGAGGGGCGUUGCUCUGGGGUUGUUGAGUGGUGCGGGUCCAUGGGGUGUUCCAGGGAUGGCUAAGAGAAAGCGUACUUGGCACAGAUCCCUCCUUAAAGCAUAGGCUGCAGUUUAAAUUAUCGCAGCAUUUUAUUCCUCAUCAGUGGAGAUGAAUGUGUCAUAAACGGUCGGAGUUCACCGAGGGCAGUGGAUGCACGUUUAGCAAUGCAAUGAGGCCAGUGCACUUUGCAGGACUUGCGCUGCGAAGAGGCUCCGCAGAGCCCGCAACCUGUUGCUGCUGACAAGCCGGGAGAAGGGAGAGGAAGCGGGGCAGAAGGAGUAGUAGAGCCGUGAGGGAGACACGGAGGGAACUGUCUUGGAGAGAACACAGCCCGGGAUUAUCCGGGUCAGGAAAUCAUGCGGUUUGCAAUCUGGCUGGUUGGACUAAUGUGUCAUCUGUCAGCACUUGUCCGUGAUACUCUGCAACACAGACUGCAUCCAAAACAAGAAAGCUUCAUCAAGCAGCUGUCAUCGUUUGAAAUCAUCAGCCCGCUCCGCGUCAAUGACUACGGAGAAUCAUUCCCACACACGCUGCACUACAGGAGGAGACGGAGAAGUUUAAACACCGAUGAUGUUAAUGAGAACAGCAACAAUAAAAAUGUUGGAGGAGAGCUGUCGGGUCUACGGGUUCACUACAGGCUUGAGGCAUUCGGGGAACGUUUUCAUCUGAAUCUGAGCGCAGACUCCGGCUUCAUCGCCCCUUCUUACAGCGUCACACACUUGGGAGCGCAGUCUUUCAAUGACUCCGACUCGGACUUGGACUUGCAUGACCAGAGUGACAUGCGACACUGCUUUUUCCGCGGACACGUCAACGCCAGGUCGGAGUACCCGGCGGUCUUCAGCCUCUGCACUGGUCUGGUUGGGACUUUCACAACGCAUCAAGGUGAAUAUUUUUUGGAGCCUCUUCUGAACGCAGAGGGGACGGAAUACGAUGAAGAGCACAACAAACCUCAUCUCAUCUACCGACACGAGCGGAAGAGGAACAUCUCACGUAGCGACAGCAACACAGAACCCUGUGCUACCUCAGAGGAAUCCAAUGGUCCUGGUUCUUUGGAGGGCAGAACGAACAUGGGAGAGGAGCUGGAUCAUCUCAGAGCAGAAUUAGAAGAUGAGCACAUAAUUAAAAACAACUCCUCACACCCGGGAUCUCCACGGAGACAAAAGCGAUUCCUCUCCUAUCCUCGCUACGUGGAGCUGAUGGUGACUGCAGAUGCCAAAAUGGCUCGUCACCACGGACGCAACCUAGAGCACUACAUCCUAACAAUCAUGUCAGUAGUAGCUGCAGUGUACAGGGAUCCCAGUGUAAGGAAACUCAUCAACAUCAUGGUCGUUAAGCUGGUCGUCAUCCACAACGAACAGGAAGGGCCCACGGUGAGCUUCAACGCUGCCACGACCCUCCACAACUUCUGUGUUUGGCAGCAGGGUCAGAACGUCCAGGACGACAGUGACCCCUCUCAUCACGACACGGCACUUCUCAUCACCAGGGAAGACAUCUGCCGAGCAAAAGACAAGUGUGACACGUUAGGACUGGCAGAGCUGGGCACCAUGUGUGACCUGUACCGGAGCUGUUCCAUCAGUGAGGAAAAUGGAAUUAGUGCCUCCUUCACUAUUGCUCAUGAGUUGGGCCAUGUAUUCAACAUGCCGCACGACGAUAACCCCAAAUGCCGUGAGGCAGGGACGAAGCACCAGUACCACGUUAUGGCUCCCACUCUCAACUAUGAUACUAAUCCCUGGACGUGGUCUAAGUGCAGCCGAAAGUACAUCACAGACUUCUUAGACACUGGCUACGGUGAAUGUCUUCUCGACGAGCCUGUAAGCAGGACAUACGAGUUGUCCACGCUCCUGCCUGGUCAAAUCUACAAUGCCAACAGACAGUGUGAACUGAUGUUUGGACCUGGCUCUCAAAUCUGCCCGUACAUGAAACAGUGUAAAAGGCUCUGGUGUACCAGUGCAGAAGGAGACCACAAAGGAUGCCGUACACAGCACAUGCCAUUGGCUGACGGAACAGACUGUGGACAUGGAAUGUAUUGCAGACAUGGAAUGUGUGUGAACAAAGAGUUGGACCUGCAGCCAGUUCACGGCGAGUGGGGUCCUUGGGGUCCUUACAGUGUUUGUUCCAGGUCCUGUGGUGGAGGAACCCGGAGCACAAGCAGGGACUGCAACAAACCAGAACCCAGGAAUGGAGGGAAGUUCUGCGUGGGCCGUAGGAUGAAGUUCCGCUCCUGCAACACUGAACCAUGUCCACGAGGAAAGAAAGAUUUCCGAGAUGAGCAGUGCUCCCAGUUUGAUGGCAAACACUUCAACAUCAACGGUCUUCCUCCCUCUGUGCGCUGGGUACCCAAGUACAGUGGAAUUUUGAUGAAGGAUCGCUGUAAGCUUUUCUGCCGGGUCGCCGGGACAAUGGCAUAUUAUCAGCUGAAGGACCGCGUCAUUGAUGGUACACCAUGUGGCCCAGACACUUACGACAUCUGUGUUCAAGGCCUCUGCAGGCAAGCAGGUUGUGACCACGUCCUCAACUCAAAGGCCAGAAAUGACAAGUGUGGUGUGUGUGGUGGGGACAACUCAUCAUGUAAAACCCUGGCAGGGACUUUCAACGAUGCACAGUAUGGCUACAACACAGUGGUGCGAAUCCCAGCAGGAGCUACUAACAUUGAUAUCAAGCAAGUCAGUUACUCAGGAAAGCCAGAAGAUGACAACUACCUCGCAUUAUCUGAUAGUCAGUCCAACUACCUCCUGAACGGGAACUUUGUGGUGGCCAUGUAUAAAAGGGAAAUCAACUACAAGGGAAUAGUCAUUGAGUACAGCGGCUCAGACACAAAAGUAGAGCGAAUCAACUGCACCGAGCGGCUUGAAGAGGAGCUCGUUCUACAGGUCUUGUGUGUGGGGAACCUUUAUAACCCAGAUGUCCGUUACUCCUUUAAUAUACCUAUAGAGGAGCACAGGGAGCAGUUUGUGUGGGAUCCCUCUGGCCCUUGGCUGGAGUGCAGUCGAAUCUGCCAUGGUGAGAGGAGGCGGAAGUCAGUUUGUGUGCGUAAGAGUGACCACCUGGAAGUGUCUGAUCAACGCUGUGAACAAUUACCACGUCCUUCUGCUGUCGCUGAGCCCUGCAACACAGACUGUGAAGUCAGUUGGCACGUGGCUGGAACGAGUAAGUGUUCAGCCACAUUUGGUCCAGGCUUCCGCAGUCUUGAUGUUCACUGUAUGAAGUACAGCCGGAUGAAGCGUCAGAGUGAGAGGACAGAGGCCAGCAUGUGUGGAGAUGUUGUUAAACCACAGACUAGGGAGUCCUGCCAUGGGGACUGUCUGCUGAAGAACUGGCAGUACAGUGCAUGGUCACAGUGCUCAAAGACAUGUGGACGUGGAAGCCGUAGCAGAGAAUCCUACUGCCUGAACAACCUGGGCCGACGACUGAUGGACCGCGAGUGCAAUGAAUAUAGGAGGGUGGUAACUGAAACGUGCAACGAGCAGCCGUGUCCAAAGUGGAGCGUCAGUGAGUGGAGCGAGUGCCUGGUGACCUGUGGGAAAGGGAUGAGACACAGACAAGUGUCCUGCACCAUGGGAACUGGAGAAGAAAAGCUGAGUGAGCACUUCUGUGACCCGUCCGGCAAACCCCAGGCAGUGGGGAGCUGCGAGCUACCUGAGUGUGCAUCAUGGCAGGUCGGCGUCUGGGGAGCGUGUUCGGUAACCUGUGGCCACGGCUACCAGAUGAGAGCUGUAAGGUGUGUGUCGGGUAACUACGGUAACACAGUGGAUGACAGAGAGUGCAAUGCUGCGGCAAGACCCAGAGACAGUCAGGACUGUGAAAUGGCAGCUUGUCCGUGGACCUCGUCGGUGCAAAGCACUCCUCGUCCUGACAACUCGGCUCAGCUCCUGACUCAGUGGAGAUAUGGCUCCUGGACUGCUUGCUCAGUGUCUUGCGGCAAAGGGAAGCGCGCACGCUACGUCAGCUGCAGGGAUGCCCACGGAGGUGUGGCCGACGAGUCGUACUGUGCCCCUCUGCCACGCCCACCAGAAACUUCUGCCUGCUUCAGCCCAUGUGGACAAUGGCGUGCUGGGGAGUGGUCUCCUUGUUCAGUCACAUGUGGCGUGGGCAGAACCAACAGACAGGUGGUCUGCUCCAACUACCACCAGACCGUGGACCAGUCUUUCUGCGACCCUGAUGAAAAGCCAGUGAUGGAACAAGAGUGUACAGCUGCACCCUGUCCCUCUGUUAACCAACGCCAGCGCAUUAUCGACCAGCCCUACGGGUAUCCACAGGACCCAGGACGACACCCAGGGCACAGCAGCUGGAAUGUUCCUUCGGCAGACAACCAAUGGAGGACCGGACCCUGGGGAGCAUGUUCCAGUACCUGUGCCGGAGGCUUUCAGAGGCGAGUGGUCGUCUGUCAAGACGCAGAAGGACGAAGUAACAGUUACUGUGAUGAAAGAGUCAAACCUGCCGAGUCCAAGAGCUGUGACUCUGGACCCUGCCCUCUGUGGAACUACGGUGUGUGGGGAGAGUGCACCCAGACCUGCGGUGGAGGAAGGAGGACUCGCCUUGUGGUGUGUCAAAGGCCAAAUGGUCAGAGACUCAACGAAUACAACUGUGAUGUCCUGGAAAAGCCGCCGGAUAUGGAGCAGUGCAACCUGCAGCCCUGCCCGGGCUCUGCCUCCUGGCACCGUCGACCCUGGAAGCCGUGUUCAGUAACUUGCGGUCGAGGGACCAAGAGAAGGGAGAUCACCUGUGUUCUCCAGAACCAAACCAAAGUGGAGGACCAGCACUGCAGUCAUCUGCCGCGGCCGCGAUCACAGAAAGCCUGCCGGGCGUCGGGAUGCCCCAUGUGGAAAGUCAACAAGUGGGGGGAGUGUUCUGUCACCUGUGGAGCUGGGGUUCAGACCAGAGACAUUUACUGCAGGCUAAAAGGCACUGGGCGGGUUCGAGAGGAUCUCUGCAACGCUCACCAGCGCCCAGCUGUUACCCAGCCGUGCCAAACUACAGAGUGUACGCAUUACUCUUGGGUUGUCGAUGAAUGGGAAAAAUGUAACGCGACCUGUGGAGAUGGCUUUAGAACCAGAAAGGUGGGCUGUGUGGGCCCAGGUAUGACAGCCGUGCUGGAGGAAUACUGCGAGCCCGCCUCCCAGCCCGUAUCACACCAACACUGUCAGGGAGUUCCCUGCAAAUACACAUGGAUCACUGGGGAAUGGUCACAGUGCUCUGCGAGCUGUGGUGUUGGUCACCAACAACGUAUCGUUUCCUGCUCCGUGGUUCCAUCCUCCAGAGCUGGAAACCCGUACACUCCUGCCCAGUCGUCCUCCUCCAUCACCCACUGCCGUGAGCCUCACCCUGUUGGCACCCAGCCAUGCCUGCUCAGAGACUGCCUGCAUGCCACCUACUGGAAAGUUGGCCCAUGGAGUAAGUGCUCUCAAACCUGUGGGGCAGGAGUGAUGGAGCGCAUUGUUGAGUGUGUGACGUCUAAAGGUCAUCCGUCCAAACAUUGCCGUCCAACAGAGAGACCUGAAUCAAAGGCUGCAUGUCAAGAAGGAGAAUGUCAAUCGUUCACUUCCUGCAGAGAGGUCCAGAUGAGACUGGGUGUGAGGAUAGAUGGCGAGUACUAUCUCAAAGUCAGGUCCCGCAUACUGCAGAUUUAUUGUGCAGAAAUGCAGACUGACUUCCCCAAGGAGUACGUGACCCUGCGGAGCGGUCAGACAGACAACUUCUCUGAGGUGUAUGGAUACAGGCUGCUGAAUCCUUUUGAAUGCCCGUUCAACGGCAGCCGAAGGCAAGACUGCGACUGUAAGAACGACUACUCUGCAGCGGGCUACACACUCUUCCACAAAAUCCGUCUGGACCUGAGCUCCCUGAGAAUAAUGACAGUCACGGAUCUCCAGUUUUCCCAGACUCUUCUUGGACGACCUGUGCCCUUUGCUACAGCAGGAGAUUGUUACAGUGCAGCCAAGUGCCCACAGGGCCAGUUCAGCAUUAAUUUGAUCGGCACUGGACUCAAAGUGUCCGAGUCCAACAAGUGGACGUCUCAGGGCAACUACGUUUCCGUCAAAGUCCACAGAUCUGAGGAUGGGACAAGAAUCUAUGGUCGCUGUGGUGGUUUCUGUGGGAAGUGCAUUCCCCAGGGUCAUAACGGCCUCUUCCUUGAAGUCCACUGAAGGCCACGCGGAGACCAAACCACUAAAUCUUUUCUGCUGAAAGGAGAGAGGG